CUGAAAAGGAGAAGUCAGAAGAGCCAGGUCAUUUCUGUGCAGGCAAGCUGCUUGGAGCAUGAGGCAGACAUUGGAAACACCUGAAAAGCUGAAGGCACAGCACUAAUUUGAUCUCCCAGCUGAAGCAGCACCCCAAAGUGUUUCUAGGUGAAGCUGGUCUGUUGCAGAUAUUCCAGGGAAUUAUGGAAGAGAGUCUUCAGGAGAGAGAUGAAGAAACUCCACAGGACCCAAGAAAUGGUGAACGAUACACAGUGGACUCAGAGCUGAGGAUUGUUCUAGUUGGUAAAACCGGUGCAGGGAAAAGUGCCACAGGAAACACCGUCCUAGGUCAGAAAAUGUUUGAGUCCAGUCUUUCAGCAAAGUCAGUCACCCAGGAAUGCAGCAAGAAGGAAAGGUUCUGGAGAAAGAAGAAAGUUGUUGUUGUUGAUACUCCUGGCAUUUUUGACACAAAUAAACCGAAAGAGGAAAUUUAUCAUGAGAUCAGCCGCUGCAUCUUGGUUUCCUCCCCGGGGCCUCAUGCUAUAGUACUGGUGGUGCCCCUAGGCCGCUACACCAAGGAGGAACAAGAAGCAGUCAAAAGAAUACAAAACAUUUUUGGAGAAGGAGCCCUGAGAUACAUGAUCCUGCUGUUCACCCGCAAAGAUGAUCUGGAGGGUAUGAAUCUGGAGAAAUAUUUAAAAGAGUCCGGGGUGGCUGGCAUGCAGGAGCUGAUCAGCAAGUUUGGACAAAGUUACUGUGCAUUCAACAACCGAGCCACUGGGCAGGAGCAAGAGACCCAGGUCAAUGACCUGCUGAUGAUGAUAGAGAAGAAGGUGCAGGAGAACGGUGGCACAUGCUUCACGAAUGAGCAGUAUGAUUUUGCUGAGAAAAAGCUUCAGGAAGAAACCAAUCUUCUGAGGAGAAGGUAUGCAGAGGAGCUAGAAAUGAGGAUGGAGAAGAUGCAGUUGGAUCACCAAAAGGCAAUGCAAAAGCUAGAGGAAGAACUCAAGAAGGUAAAAGAAGGAGAAGUCAAAAUGUUGCCAGAAAUGAAAGCCCUGGAAGAAAAGCAUCAGCAGGAGUCAGAAAAAAUCAAGAGGCAUUAUGGGAAGAAACAAGAAGAGGCCAGGGAAGAAGUGGAGCGGGGCCCAAUAUUAGAAAUAAUCCAGAAAGCAUUUGUGCUUCUGGUUAAAGUAAUUGAGAAAUGGUAUUUGGAUUGAAGUGCAUUUAUUCCUCCCUACCCUGAGCUUUGACACCACAUGGUGACAAAUUUAAAUAAAGCUCAUGUUCUUAGCUUUGGGCCACUAAUUGAAUAGCUUUGGGAUUCAGUACAAAUUUAUAAACCAUAUUUUUAAUUGUUCCAAUAGACAUAGCAAUCAGGGAAUCAGUAUAUUGGAUUCUGCCUCAGUGGGGCUUUGUCUCUAUUUUUCAGUUCUCCAGCGCAUUCAGACAAAGCAUCAUUCCCUUAAAGUCCUCCCUCCUGCCCAUUACAGCAUAAGAAGUUUUCAUUCUGCAAUUACCAUUAAAUGAUUUUGCUAGCAAAAUGUGCCAGGCAACCACAGAGGUCUCUAUUUAUUGGAAGGACAGAUCAGCUUGGACAGCACUAGAAUGAUCUUGCCAAUGUCUACCACCACCAAACCAGAGUCAAAGGGCAUUUGCAGAUACUCACUGUCUUCAUUCACACUUCUGUAGAGAUGAGUCUUCAAAAAUGCUCAGUUCUGGAUCUUAAUUCUUCAAAUGAUGGUAUGGGGUUUGGGGCCUGGAAUCAUUUCUAGCUUUAUUUUGAGCUGAAAUUACCCCACCCCUUCGACUCCCUUUACAUUUCUCAGUCACCGCUUCCACUCCCUCACCCCUUCCACUCCCUUACCCCUUCCACACCACUUCCACAUCACUGAUCUUCCUCUCAGUCUGUUCUUUCAUACAAGGAACAGACUUGAUCCAUUUGUAUGUGGGCAUAUUCAUCUGUGCAUUUGA